GGCAUUUGAACCGGAAGUUGUUUUUUUGUCAUAGUGAUAACUUCCGCUAGCAUCAGUCUGUUUUUCUUCUGGGAGAAGAUCCAUUCUGACACGAAUUUCUCGGGGCAAACGUUAAAAUGGCUGAAGUAGAAGAAACUCUGAAGAGGAUCCAAAGUCAGAAAGGAGUUCAGGGAAUCAUUAUCGUCAACGCUGAAGGAAUUCCGGUGAAAUCGACUCUGGACAACCAGAGCACGGUCCAGUACUCGGCCCUGAUCCACCAGCUGGUGAUGAAGGCCCGCAGCACCCUAAGAGACAUCGACCCGCAGAACGACCUGACCUUCCUGCGGGUCCGCUCCAAGAAGAAUGAGAUCAUGAUCGCUCCAGAUAAGGACUAUUUCCUGAUCGUAAUCCAGAACCCUUCGGCCUGAAACGUCUGCUGAUCGACUCUUCGCUCAUUUUCUGUUUAAAAUUAAACGGCCAAACUCUUUUCUGUUUGCUUCCCUAAAAGAAAAGAUUCUUUUUAUGCGUUCCAUGAAGACAGGAACUGCUGGUGAACCAGAAUCCACCUGGGAUCCGUCCACAGAUUGUUCUGCAGACGGAUUCCUGCUGGUUCCAUCAUUCCACGUCGCUGUCGUCUCUCCGCUGAUUGAUUCUCUGCUGUUAUCUUUGUGUUUAUUUUGUUAAUGUUGCACAAAAACAAGACGUGCUCGCCUCUCUAGACGGGACUGAAGUAGGAAACAUGAACCUGGACCAGAACAAAGCGUAAAGAGGUUUGGUGCAAACAGUGAAUUAUUUAUUGUUCUGUCAGGAAACAUGUUGAAGUAUUAAACAUGUGAGCAGCACUACAUUCACUUCUCUGAUUAUGUUUAACAGAAUAAUGAAUAAAAAAGUAGGAAAACUG